CCUGAGGAAGGCAGGGGGCGGCGCGGCACUGCCGGGGACCCCGCUGCUCCUCUUCCUCCUCGCCUUCUCCAUGUCUGCUUGCAAAGGUGUACCGAUGCCAUUCCAAGCACUUGACACAGAUGAGGAUUUGCAGCUGUGGAAAGAGAUAGAUGAUGCAUGUUCUGCCUACCUGUCCAGAGGUUCUCAGCCUCAGGCAUCCAGCACACUGGAAGAACUUUGUUUUUUGGUCACAGGAUUUCUCCAGAAACCACAGGGUGUAGAUGAAAAAGACAACACUAAAAGGUUCUUAUUUCAUUAUUCUAAGACUCAUGACUCAGGCAACUCAGACAUCAUGUCGUCUGUCCUGCAUCCCUUGCUGCAGCUCGUUCCCCAGCUUAAUGAGAGAAGGCUGAAGAGACACAAAGUGGACGAAGAUCUUCAAGGACCUGGAGGGGUUCAAAGUAGAGGCUAUUUUUUCUACAGGCCACGCAAUGGAAGGAGAUCAGUGGAUUUUCACUAA